ACACACACACACACACACACACACACACACACACACACACACACACACACACACACAGACACACACACUGUAACAGUACAAACAUCUCAGUCCUGCGCUCUGAUGUCACUUCCUGUGUUCAGGGCUGACGGAGUGGCUUCAGCCAAUCCCAGCAGAGGACCGCCUCCCCGGGCGCAGCCUCCGUCUGUCGCCCGGGGCAACGCCAACAACAUCGUCAGAGACGGGCACCACGCGCAGCUGCUGCCGCCGCAGGAGGUGGUGGAGACCAGCAGGUCGGCUCCCUCCUACGCCCUGAGGCCUCCACCUCCUCCGCUAAAGCCGAAACCUGCUGCUGCGUCACAGCCUCUGGUGCCUCAAAGACCCGCCCCCGCUCCACCUGUUUAACCAAUCAGAGGGCACCGCCCACCACACCUGGAUGACAGCCCCUCCUCCUCCUCCUCUUCUUCUCCUCCUCUUCAAAACUCAGUCCCCACCCACUUAGCGCUGGUUACCUAGCAACAGGACCAGCAACAGUAACGUCUGCUGGGCUGGACAACAAACCAGACCGCUCCAUCAAACUGGACCCGGUCAGACCGGACCGGGUACUUACCAGAACAAAUAGGAACACACAGGACUGAACUCAAGCAGCUACUGGCGUCUGCAGUCUUUCUUUCUGAAGUGCAGCCUCUAUCAGGUGACACCAAACCAGCCAAUCAUAUCUCCAGAAAGCUGUGACAUCAGCAGCCAAACAAGUGUUAGCAUUAGCAUUUUGUAUUCCGGCUGUAAAAAGCAGUUUGGCCCUCUGUUAGCAUAGCUUAGCAUCCUGGCUGGCUAAUUAACAUUUGCUAGCCAACAGGGCUUAGGGUUGCAAGUUCAUUGCUAAUGCUAAUUAGCUGCACUGUUUCCCAAAUUUCAAACUAAUGCUAGCACCAGAAAAUGUCCACUAUGUUGUUAGCUAGCCAGUUUGUUAGCUACUAUGUCUUUUAAUACCUAAGCUACGCAAGCUAACCACCUGCUAACAGCUGACCUGGUCACCGUGCUGUAACAAAUCAAAGCUGAUGAUUCACUCCUCAGUUUGGUUAGCAUAAGCCAACAAAGUUAGCGUUAGAGCUAGUCAGAAGCUAAUGCUACUAAACUGUGCAGCUUCCCAGCCAAUCAAACGUCCCCAAAACUCUGUUAAUGAAUAAUGUAAUCAGCAACUCACGAGCUUUGCUACUUGCUAAGUUAAUUAGCGACAAUGUAUUUACCCGAGUGUACAUGCUAACACAAAGCUAGCUUGCUAAUUAGCUUGUCACAUGUUGGCACUAUAAAGUAUUCACGAUAUAUUUACGACUGUAACUCUCAGUUAAUAAUAAAUUAUUGUAAUUAUCAUGUCAGUUGACAGCGCCGCACCUCUUAAUUACAGCUAGCGGCUACGAUGAUGUAACCACUGAGACAGUCCCACAAUGCAAUGCUCUGCAGCCUCGAUGUGAUGCUAACGACGGCGUGCUGAGAGGUUCUUCGCUGUGAUUGGCUGGUUUGAAGACGCAUAGGUCACUGGAGGCGGGGCUUGCACCUUCUGUUUCUUUCUGUCUCUGAGUGAACGCACUGACCGGCCGUCUGAUUGCACUUCCUUCUGAUCAGCACUGUCAUAGAAAUGUAACGCACCCCUGCUGCCGCGUGUGGGUGCACUUGGUUUGCACCGCCCGGGUCACCCGGCGAGCUCGCUCUCUCCAGAAUUGUAAAAUCACAGUAUGCAACAACAAUGUGAGGGCAGAACCGCUCCGAGGUCCUCUGGACCUGGGCCUGGAUCCAGAUGGAUGUGAGAUGCUGAACGGGACAUAAUCAGAACGUUUAAAAAACAUUCAGGACGUUUGAGUUUCUCUGUUGCAAGUGGACGUCUCCUCCACCCUCCAGGCUCACAGGUUCUUUCACAGCAGGGAUUUUUACACCACCUGUAAGCCAAAUGUUUCUGUCUGCUGUUAGCCGACUGUUAGCCGUGUCAGCCUGGAUGCAGUGUGUGAGGAGGACGUGCUGUGGUGAUCUGCUCAGUUUGUCUCACAGGGCUGAACUUUAACGUUUUCAAUCAUUUUCAUGCCAAAAGAAGUCAAAGAGUCUCGACCGGAGGACGUCUGCACGACAACCUGUUGGAGUUAUUUCAAGCCGCAGAGCAGCUGGAGCUCAAACGGCGUCGAGUUACAGUCAACUGUUCCCACCGCCGCCGCCCGCUCACGUCAAAGGUUCAAAUCUCAUGUUCAGACUCAAACCAACAGACAACCAGAGCGCUGAAAAUAGUCCAAACAAAUGACCUGUUGUCUCCAGUUUCCACAUCCACAAGGUCACCAACCGCAUAGCAUAGCAUAGCAGCAGCUAAUAACACUGACUAGUCCAACAGCAGUCGGUGUUUUUGUUUCAAAACACUGUUAGUGGAUAUAUUAACGUAAGCUAAUGUGAUCCAUGAUGCUAACUUUUGUAUUGCCUAGCUCCUGUUCUGGCAUGACACUGACUCGGCUCUCCAGGCCUGAAAACCUCCUCUUCUUCUUCCCGGUGGUACUGAGCUAACAGCAGCUAGCAGACUGAGCUAACAUUAGCUAACAGCAGCUACAGCUGGGAACAUGUUGGUUUGGCUCCGCACAUGAGAUUUAUCAGACGAUCAACCCGCUCUGGAGAUUUCUGUUGGUGGGACGUCGAGCCCUAAGUUCUGUCUUUCAGGCAGAGAGGUCAAACUCACUGAGUGCAGUUAUAUUUAUGCUAAACCUGUGUAUGCUCUGUGUGUGUGUGUGUGUGUGCGCGUGUGUGUGUGUGUGUGUGUGUGCACGCACAGGUGAUAUCGCCAUAGCAACGCAGAGGUUUUUUUUCUAUUCAAAUAAAUGAUUUUAUAGGAUUUUAUUUCUUUCCUUUUUUUUUUUUUGCAAAUGUAAACAAGUCUCCUGUGGUUUUAAUUUCAUUAUUAAAUAUUGCUGUGUCACGUGGAAACCUGCCUGAGUCUGACUGAUUUCAAACAGCUGACGGGAGGUGUGCUUGACUGUGAUUGGAGCACAGGUUGGAAAGGGGCGGGGCUUAUGGAGGAUGAUUGUUUGAAAGGAUCAAAAUAAAAUAAAGAUGAUUAAAAAAUGAAAA